AUGGAAUGGGCCAAGAUCGAAGAGCUGGGGGCUGGAGCGUUUGAGCAGGUUCUUUGUGCUGUUUAUAAGGAAGCCUUCUUCACGCUCCUCAAACGUGAGGCCGAGGCAAUUGGCAGAAUUGAACAUCCUUUCGUCGUCGACUGUUUAUGCUCCGAAGCCAAUAUAAACGCCCCGGAGAUCUCGUCAGGGGCUCAGGGCCAGACCCCCAAGGCGGACAUCUGGUCCCUCUUCAUGGUCCUCAUCUGGACACACGACUUCAAGGCAUUCCGCCGCGACGCCUACGCCGGCCACUUCACGGUCUCUACGCUGCUCCAGCUGGCCAGGGAGGCCGCGGCGCCGGGCCAGCAACUGGCGCAACUCGGGGAGAUGGCCAGGUCGGACCCGGAGAAGCGCGCGUCGGCCGCGCAGAUGAUGCUCAACCUCGGCCUCUUCUCGCAGGAGCCCAGGGCGAUCCUCUGCAGCCACGGCAAGGACCCGAGGAGGAUCCCCGCCAUGCCGGCUGACGAGCCUCCUCCUAAGCCCGCUGGCGGGUUCCCUCCCGUGCCAGCCCGGCGAGGAGGGCCCGGCGGGGAAAGGGGCGCCUUCCAGUGA